GCUCUCUGUUCCCACCAGGAAGUAGAGGUCUUCGAGGAAAGGUGAGAGGAUGGAUCAACGACUGACCAACGGCAGGGCCGCCGGCACGUCAGGAGGGGCGAGCAAUCGCCGAAGCAGUGCAGGGUGUGUGGCGAAGCAAGCGUACGACCCGACGUUGUAUGCUCACCUGCCUUCGCAUGAGAUUCCUCUACCGCCGUCRGAUGACRAGGGRGAAGAGYUGAGGUCGACGACUGUGCCGUUGGGAAGUGGCUCCACGCAGCAUUGGGCGGCAACGCAGUCGUACGGUGCCAGGCGAGCGGAGGCGACCUGGUCUUACACGUCACUGCUAAACGACGGCCUGUGCGAAGAUGAAGGCAAUGCACCGGUCGAUCUCAGCUUCCAGUUGUCGAGCAGCAGCGGAGCAGCGGCGACACACACUCGAAUCGUCGAUCCGUACCCAGAUGGAGGUUGGGCGGAGCACUCGUCGGCAGCUCCCUGCGAGUGUGGAGACGACGGCCUCUUGCAAGCAUCCGGGGGCGGCGGGAAUAGAAAUGUGGUGUCGACGCAGGGCGGAGGACGAGGCGAUGUCCGCCAGCGUCCGGAUUGGAUGCGACUGUCACCUGCCUCACGAAGCGGUCCAAGGACUCCACCCGGACGGCAACGAGAGUACGACGGUUCCGCGUCGGGUGCGCAAGUGGAGCGGCACGGUAGGCAGUCGUGGGCGGAUGCGAGGCAGGCGUUGCGUCAAGCAGGAGCGGACACCAUAACGAGAGGGGUGCAAGAGUUCCACGUGGACGAACGCGGCGAUGCGGCUGCUGAGGAACCAUUCAACUGUGACGACGUUGAUGAUGAAGAAGACUGCAACUCCGGCGAAUUGCCUGAUGUUCGUCCACUUGGGAGGAAGGCCAGGGACGGCGGUGCGAGUGCGAAGAAAGGUUCCACUCCGUCAAAUUGGAGGAAUAAGAGGAGGGACGACGACACUAGCGGGAGCGAUGGCGAGGGCGGUCGCAAUUUCUGGCCGGUAGGAGACACGGUCGCACUCGUCCGGGCGAAAAGGGAUCAAGACCUGUAUUUUGCGGGCAUGGGCCACAAUUUCGGGGGCAUGAAGACUAGGGAAUGGAGGUGGGAGGACGUCCGGCAGAGGUUGGUAAAGUUGGGCGUCCAGCGGAAGGCCGUCGACUGCGGCAAGAAGUGGGACAACUUGAUGCAGCAGUUCAAGAAGGUUCACAAGUACCAAAACCUCUCCGGCGGGAAGGACUAUUUCAAGCUUGCUUCUUCGGCGAGGAGAUCGGAGGGUUUCAACUUCGUCAUGGACCGGAGCGUUUUCGACGAGAUGGAGGCGAUGACGAAGGGGGAUCACACUAUCCACCCGAAGAAUUUGGCGGACACGGGGGCGCCGGGGGGGGUGCAGAUGCCGGCAGGAGCGGGGGCUGUAGGGGAUGACAUCGGCAGUGAGGGGGAAGGGGAGCCCGUCGACGAAGACCAGGGGUCGACGAAAGAUUCUAGAUUCAGCGGCGGGAGCGGCGCCGCAACGGGGAAGAGGAAGAAUAUGAGACAACAAACGUUUGAGGUAGUCACCGACGUGAUGAAGGACCAUGGAACGCUUAUGGCGACGACAAUGGACAAUGCGAGCAAGCGGCAAUGCUCCAUGAUGUUACGACAGUGCCAGGUCCUUGAGAGCGAACUGGAGCUGCAGAGGGGACAUUAUGCUGCAGCAGAUGCGGCGAACACGAUGAUGUGAAGCACUCCAAGCCGGAUCGUGCAAGGUUGGGUGGCAGCAGCCCAACGGGACAAUGACGAUGAGUAUGCAUCCGGGGAAGAACGCGCCGAGGGAACGCUGUCUGCAGUGCGGGAGGAUGAUCGGCAACGGUCGUCCGAUCAUAGCGCUUCGAAGGGGAUGGCCACCCCGCCGCCCGACGCGCUGCAAGUGCAAGGCCACGACACGCGGACAGCGAAGGUCGCUGUCGUCAAUGUGGUCGAUUCGUCGGAUGACGAACCGUUGGAGAAACGUCGCCUGCGCACGACGGCUGCAAGCACCGAAGGCAUGCCGACUCCACCACGUCAGCCUCGCCCGGACGAUGAAGGAGGGUCCGCCCAACAAGUCGCCGCUGGUGCAGUCGUCGCCGCCCGGGGUGCAGCGGGGGCGGAGGCAGCAGGUGCUGCUGGGGGGGGCACGCCUAGCGAGAAGAAUCCUAGUCGGGAGGGUGAUGAACCCGCUUCAAGUCGUCAUCGUCGGGGAGUGGUGACGAAGGAUCUUUUGGAGCGUGCCCUGCUGUGCGUUGACGACACAACCUUCUGGACGACGGGGGAGGGGAGAAGACUGUACAACAUCGUCCACGAAACUCGCGAAUAUUUCGUGGCCAUCGCUAGCGGGCUACCAGCGCCUACCGUCCCUCGGAGGGUCGUCAUGCCGAAAUCAAGCGUGAAGGUGGCGCGGAUCUCCGACCAGUCACAACUGCAGCAAGCCACGAAACGCGCGACGACUUUGGAGAACGUUGUUAUGCGCAUCUUGCACGACUGGGUGUUCAAGUCCGGAAACCGCCCGAGGGGUUACCAUCUCGCCUUCCAGUACACGUUGGAAUCCUUCGCCACGGACCUUGCGCGUGCUAUGUGGUGCGACGAGGAGUGGCGUAACGCCGUCAACGCCGCGGUUUGCGCGCACACGAUAGACUUAGGCAUGGACUUGCCAUUGUGGUUCGUCGAUGCGAACGUUGACGAUAGGCCUGACGACGACGACAUGGCGGCGUACCAGGAGUCCACUAUGAUAUGCAUCGCGCAUGCAUUCCGCGCGGCGAUCCAGAUGGGUGCUACCAUCGACGAAGGUUUCAUCUCGUACGAGCGUCUUUGUCGGGUGUCCGAUUGUUUCAGGCUGCUGCUGGCGGCGAGCAUGUGGUUGAUGCGCAUGGCGGGAGACGAUCCGCGCAGCCACUACUAAGCUUUCUACUUCGCAAAGCUGGUGGCUAAGCCCACGCUCGUCGCGUCCAUGCAUUGCGCCUUCG